AUGUUGAUCACGACUGCAACAGCCCCGCCACUGUAUGCUGACCAGGUCUUGGAGAUAAGCACUUCCGGCAAGGGCAACCGUCUCAUCGGGUCUGUCAUUGGCAACGGUGAGGCUAAGUACGCUUGCGCCGCGCUGGGGCCUGACAAUCGGAUCUACUGCGCUCCGCUGGAGGCACACCGCGUCCUCCUCAUCACACCGGAGGACCACGAGGUUGAGGAGAUUGGUAUCGACUUGGGCAAGGAGGAAGAAAAGUACUCCUGCAUUGCGGCAGCACCUGCUGGGCACAUGAUGUACGCUGCCCCUCGUAACGCCCGCUUCAUUCUGGAGGUAGACACAAAGAGAUGCUAUGUCAGAGAGGUGGGAAAGGAUCUCGGACCUGUGAAGCGGAAGUUCACAGCCAUCGUGUCGGGGAAGCCUCCAGAGGCCGCCGGAGUGAUUCUCUAUGACGUCCUAUGGCGCCUGCAGGACUGGGAAGGCCCGGCAGUUCACCUCAAAGAGGUGGAACUCGUGCGUGGAGUCCUCCUAUUGCGAAUUUGA